UAUUUUCGGUCUUCUCAAUACAACACCGCUUGACAGUGUGUAAGGUGAGCUAUCUUGCUGCUGUGCUUUUUAUAAUGAAGCUGGAAUAAUCCAGGCCAGUGAGUGCAGGCUGUGACCGGAACUAGAACAUAACUCCUACAAUCUCCUCCUCGCUCCUCUCAUUCAACAGAACGAGGGCCCAAAGUCUUCCGCACCAUUCACCCUGGAGAGGUCAUUGGAGCCAGUGCUAUGAGGCUGCACUUUAUAAACCUGCUUGUUCUCAAGGCCCUAGCACGUAAUAGACCACUUGGCUGCUUCUUAGCCAAUGGCAGGCUGAGAUCAACCCACAGACUCCUCCCCUCCUCUUCUUCCCGUCACCUGACCAGCGACCUCUCUGCCUCCCAGCCCCUGGUAGGCCAAGACACAACGUUUGAAGUUCUGGGUCACUCCUACCUUCGUGAUGACUUUACCAACGUGACCAGCAAGAUCCUGAACAAGGUUGGCCGCAACCUGCACAACCAAGUCCACCAUCCUCUUUGGCUCAUGAAAGAGCGAAUCAAAGCCCACUUCUACAGCUCCUACGUCAUGCGAUCGGGAAACCCGCUCUUUUCUGUCUACGAUAACCUCAGCCCGGUGGUGACGACGGAGCAGAACUUUGACAGCCUGCUCAUCCCACCCGGCCACCCCAGCCGCAAGCAAGGUGAUAACUAUUAUCUGAACCGGCAUACCAUGCUGCGCGCUCACACCUCGGCCCACCAGAGGGAGCUAGUGAGCUCAGGGCUGGACGCGUUUCUGCUAGCAGGUGACGUGUACCGGAGGGAUGAGAUCGACUCUAGCCACUACCCUGUUUUCCAUCAGAUGGAGGGUGUGCGCCUCUUCUCCAACCACGAGUUGUUUGCAAAGGUGUCGAGUGGAGAAGAACUCUCUCUCUUCGAGAGUGGGGGCCGCCGGACCCCACAGAAGCAGCAGGCACACACACUGGAGGCGGUCAAGCUGGUGGAGUUUGACCUGAAACAGACUCUGGAUCGUAUGGUCAGACACUUGUUUGGAGAAGAGCUGGAGAUCCGCUGGGUGGAGUGUUACUUUCCUUUCACACAUCCGUCGUUUGAGAUGGAAGUGCGUUUCCAGGAUGACUGGCUGGAGGUGUUGGGCUGCGGUGUGAUGGAGCAGGAGCUGGUGAACUCGGCGGGAGCGAGUAACAAGAUUGGCUGGGCAUUUGGAUUGGGCCUGGAGCGUCUGGCCAUGGUGUUGUAUAGGAUCCCUGACAUCCGCGUCUUCUGGAGCCAGGAUGAGCGCUUCCUCAAGCAGUUCUGCCUGGCCAACAUCAGCGACCCCGUCACCUUCCAGCCUCUUAGUAAGUACCCACCUGUGAUCAACGACAUCUCUUUCUGGCUACCAGACGAUGGCUACACAGAGAAUGACUUCUAUGAUCUCGUAAGGAGCAUCGGAGGAGACCUGGUGGAGAAAGUCACCCUUAUUGACCAGUUCACACAUCCAAAAACGCAGAAGCACAGCCGCUGUUAUCGCAUAACCUACCGCCACAUGGAGAGGAACCUGACCCAGGAGGAGGUGCGCGUUCUCCACUCUUCCAUUGAGCAAGCCGCUGAGCGAGAACUGGCCGUGGUGGGUCGAUAUUAAGGCCUCCUCUGCCACCCCCUUUCCCCUCGGUUGGGUUCAGUUGGGACAUAACAGGGAAAGAAAGGUUUAAAAGCAGGCAAAACUGGGAGGCUCGAGACAAACUUGUCUAAAAGAAGAAACAGUCAUUUUCCAUUUGGAAUUUGUUAUUACCAUUUCCCCCUGAACAUGAGCCUUACGUUACGAGUGGACUCCAGCUGUUCUCGGCACAAGGAAAGGCCAGUGUAUCAUACCCAAGGAUCCUUUUCAUUGUAGUUCUGUCAUUGUUGGAGAGUGUGGGGCCAAGUUGGUACAGUAAGAGCACUGCUCUUGCAAUGUCAUGGCAGUGCGUUGAAUUUCUAGAUUAAUCCUAAACAAAAGACAUUUGCAAUCACUGGAAAAAAAAGAUUCAGCUAUGUGAGACCUUCUGUUAUAUUUAGUGAUUAUUUUGGACAGAGACAUAUUUACUGUAGCCCAGUGUUAUUUAAAAGGUUUAGCCGAGAAUCCAGUUUUUCUUGCCCACAUUUCUGGGCACCCACACGUAUUGGGCGUCAUUUCUCACCUUCAACCUCACCUCAAUAUUAGACCAAUUUAACAUUUGUCUAUUUUUACAUUGACAGAUAAACUCCCAUUCAUUACAUUUUAAAUCAAACACUCCAGAAAAUGUAUGUUCUAAAUCAUCUUUCCCAAAAACAUUUAUCAAUUGUCCCAUGCAAUUAUCUUUACUCAGCAUUUCAACAUUUUUUUUUUAAUUGUUGGUGACUCCACUGCCGUUCCCCAGCGACCCCGACUUUGAAAUAUUCUGCUUUUGGCACUCACUCUACUUCCACCACAGUACCAAACAACUCUUAUCAUUAGAGCUUCCAGCAACCUUUCAUGUGAAGCAGCGGACGGCCUCGCUUAAACAACCCGAUCCAGGGUGAAUGUGUUUGAUUAAAUACGGGCGCCUUUUAUGCCACUGGCUCCUUGCCAGCCUGGUAAAGGAGACCGACAAACCAACACAAUAAGAUAUAUUUUAGUAGAAUGUUCGACACAUGUAUCUGUAGUACUUUUUCUAAAGUACAUUGGUUUAUGUGCUAAGACAUAUCAUAAUAAAAGCCAC